AUGGGUGCGCUCAGCAGCCGCCACGACAGGAAUGGGAAAUGGAGACCGGAAUCCGCCGCUUCAGACUGCGCCAGCGCUAUUGUUAAGGCAUUUAACGGGGUGGAGCCUUUGCCUGCAGACUACGAUGACGCUGAGAACUUGUUGCAGAUGCGUGGCGGCGGCCGUUCAUUGGCCUACUACACCGGUAGAACGGCUCCUUCGGACCUAAUCGAUAGAGUGUUCACACUUACUAAAAAGAAUAUGUCACGCCUGUACGAUGAGACCAACUUCCUCGGCGGAUGGAAGGAUCGCAUGAAACACAGGGAGAUCAGUGCCGCGAAAAAUCACAUUCUUGUGCUGUCAGAUGAGAAUGGAUCGUUGAUAGGUUUCAUCAGCUAUCGCUUCAUGAUUAUCUCUGACUGCCAGCCUGCGACGGAGGUGUGCUACGUAUACGAGCUCCAGGUCGACGUAGGUUUUUUAGUCGUUAGAGCGUCAGAGCAUGCUCAGGAAUCCUUUAGAUCGCGUGGAGUGGGCAAGUUUCUAAUGGAUAUAGCGACGGUGAUCGGUCGUUAUGUGGGAGCCAAGAAGCUCAUGUGCACGGUGUUGAAGCUGAACUCACGCGCACUUUCCUUUUAUCGGUCUAAGUGCGGCUUCGUUAACGACGAGAGCGACCCAGACUCCUUCGACUGUCGUUGCGGUCACGAUCACUGUUACCACAUCCUCAAGCUGGAGCUCGGUGGCACAGACGCCUUCCCCGAGGGCUCAUAG